CAACAACCUCAACAACAUCAACAACCUCAUCCUUCCCUUUCAACAAUCCCUCACAGCCUCCUCGGCCUCCUCAUGUCUCCCUCUCCUCCCUUCUGACGCACCCCCGACCCUUUUCCUCUUGAGCCUUCGCUCGUCUCGCUCUCUCCCGACAUACACACUCGCUUUUCUGCUUGGGCAUUUGAAUUUACCUCCCACCACAACCCUCGUAACAACAACCACAACCACAACCCUACAAUCCUCCCACCUCACCACUCCCCCACUGGGCCACGCUCACCGCUCCCACAACCGCCAUGGCCCAACCCAUCGGCCUCGCCGCCCACUCGCAAUCCUCCCUCCCCUCUCUCCCCGCGCACCUCCAGUCCGACACUCACCUCACCGCCCACCUCGCCAGCAGGUUCCACGUCUCGCUCCCGACCGCGCAGCUGAGCAGCCAUGCCUUGCUGAGCCUGAAUACGUAUGCGGGGAGCACGAAGGGGCCCGGGGGGGGGAGGGAGGGGAGCGCGAUGGCGGGCGCGGAGGAUGUGGCCGAGAGGGCCUAUUUGAGGUUGGGUGCUAGGUCGGAGAAUCAGGCGGUGGUGUUUUUGGGUGAAUCGGGAUCAGGAAAGACAACCCUACGCUCACAUCUCCUCUCCGCCGUUCUGGCGAAAUCGGCCACCCCGCUCUCUCAGAAACUCUCACUCGCCGCAUACGUCUUCGACACCCUGACCACUACAAAAACAGCCACCACCCCCACCGCCUCCAAAGCAGGCCUCUUCUUCGAGCUUCAGUACGAAACCGCUGGCGCCACGAACCCCAGCCUGAUCGGUGGGAAACUGCUCGACCAUCGCCUGGAACGCACUCGCGUCGCUGCGGUACCGACGGGAGAGCGCAGCUUCCACGUCCUAUACUACCUCCUCGCUGGCACGAGCGGCGCCGAGAAAGCACACCUGGGUCUUGAUGGGAGCCACGGCGGCGUGUUCGAGGCCAACAAGGGCGCGCAGAAGCGAUGGAGAUACCUCGGACAUCCCACACAGCUCAAGGCGGGGAUCAAUGAUGCGGAGGGCUUCACGCUGUUCAAGACCGCCCUGCGCAAGCUCGAGUUCCCCCGCAGCGUCAUCGCGGAGGUCUGUCAAGUCCUCGCAGCUAUCCUCCACAUCGGCCAGCUCGAGUUCGAGACCGCGGAUGAAACGGCCGCCACCGCCGACGACAGCGGUGGCUACUCCCACGAGGGCGGGCACAGCUCCACCGUCGUCAAGAACAAAGAUACCCUCGCCAUCAUCGCUGCGUUCCUGCAAGUAAGCGCUGCCGACCUGCAGACCACGUUGGGGUAUAAGACGAAGAUCCUGAGCCGCGAGCGGGUUACUAUCAUGCUCGAUCCCAAGGGUGCGAGGGAGAAUGCGGAUGAGUUGGCGAGGAUGCUGUAUUCGCUGCUCGUGGCGCUGUUGAUUGAGAAUAUCAACCAGCGGCUGUGUGCGGUGGAGGAGGCCGUCACGAAUACCAUCUCCAUCGUUGAUUUCCCGGGCUUCGCGCAGCAGUCCUCGUCGAACUCACAUCUGGACCAGCUCCUCAACAACGCCGCGGCCGAAUCGCUGUAUAACUUCUCCCUCCACAACUUCUUUGAGCGCAGGGCUGAGAUCCUGGAGAACGAAGAAGUCAACGUCGCAGCGACGUCUUACUUCGAUAACUCGGACGCCGUCACGGGACUCCUCAAGCCAGGCAACGGCCUCCUCAGCAUCCUCGACGACCAGACCCGCAAGAACCGCACCGACAUCCAACUCCUCGAGAGUCUGCGCCGCCGCUUCGAGGGCAAGAACCCCGCCAUCUCGGUCGGUAGCGCGACGGCCAAGCUUCCCGGAUCCAACUUCGCCAGCCUCAACACCGCGGCGUCGUUCACAGUCAAGCAUUUCGCGGGCGAGGUCGAGUACCCCGUCGCGGGCCUCGUGGAGGCGAACGGCGAGAUCAUCUCGGGUGAUCUGAUGAACCUUAUUAGUUCUACUAAGAGCGAUUUCGUCGGCCAGCUCUUUGGCCAGGAGGCCCUCCAGACGGUCGUUCACCCCCAGGAGAAGACGACCAUCAUGCAGGCCCAGGUGUCCUCCAAACCCCUCCGCAAGCCCAGCGUCAUGGGCAAGGCCCGCACCCCGAAACUGACCAUGAAAUUCGGCGCCGAGGACGACGACGACGCCGCUGCUGACGAAGGCGGCGACGGUGCCGAGAAAGCGAAACCCACCAAGGGCGGAAGGAAGAGCCGCAACGACAAGGACCAAGCGCAGCAGGGCGCCGCAGCGCAAUUCCUAAGCUCCAUCGACAAUGUAACCAAAUCCCUCUCCGCCCCCAACACAAACGCCUACUUCGUCAUGUGUCUCAAGCCCAACGACCGCCGCAUCGCCAACCAAUUCGACAGCAAGUGCGUGCGCACCCAGCUCCAGACCUUCGGCAUCGCCGAGAUAAGCCAGCGCCUCCGCAACGCGGAUUUCAGCAUCUUCCUCCCGUUCGGCGAGUUCGUCGCCCUCGCGGAGUCGGAGCAGAUCCUCAUCGGGAGCGAGAAGGAGAAGGUCGAGAUGGUGGUUGAUGCGAGGAGGUGGCCGAGUAAUGAGGCUUUGGUGGGUAGCACGGGCAUCUUCCUCAGCGAGCGCUGUUGGCUCUCCAUCGCGAAUCUGAGAGAGAGUCUCGGCGGGCGCUACGUCAACAGCGAUGAUGGCGUUGACGGCCUCUCCCCCGGCGACCCACACGGCAGCUACAGCAAUUCGCGCGAAGGCCUUCCCCUGAUCUCCGGCCGCGGCGCGUCGCCCGCAGGCUACUUCGGCGCGUCGGACACCCGCUCCGAGGCCGCGGUGAGCGUGUUCGGCAGGGGCGAUAUGUUCCGCGACAUGGACACGCUGCAGCAGAUGGCGGAGCGCGGGAACGAGAAGACGAUGGUGGAGGUGGAGGAGGUGAAGACGAGCGGGAGCCGCAGGCGCUGGGUCUUCUUCGUGUACCUCCUCACGUGGUUCAUUCCGGAUUUCCUGAUCCGUUGGGUUGGGCGGAUGAAGCGCAAGGAUGUGAGGAUGGCGUGGAGGGAGAAGCUGGCGAUUAACUUUAUGAUUUGGUUUAGUUGUCUGUUUGUCGUCUUCUUCAUCGUUGUUUUUCCGAUGCUCAUUUGUCCGCGCCAACACGUCUUUAGUCCGUCGGAAUUGACGUCGUAUAAUGGCAAACCUGGCAGUCCCGGCGCGCUUGUUGCGAUCAGGGGUAUGGUAUUCGACCUCAACUCCUUCGCCACGCGCCACAUCCCCGAGCUCGUGGACUCGAAACACGUCCUCGCCUACGCCGGCCUCGACGCCACCUCUCUCUUCCCCGUCCAAGUCUCCGCCCUGUGCGAAGGCAAAGACGGGCCCAUCGACGGCUCGGUGCAGCUAGACUUCACGCCUACCAACAUCACGGGCUCGGCAAAUCAGAUCGGCGCGGCUGAUCCGAAUAGACAGUACCACGAUUUCCGCCUCUUCACCGACGACCCGCGCCCCAACUGGCUGGCGCAGCAGAUCCGUAUGCUGCGAUCCGGGUACCUCAAGGGGAACCUCGGGUAUACCUCCAAGUACGUUGCGACGCUGGGGCAGAAACAGCAGAUUGGCAUCUUGAACGGGCGCAUCUACGAUUUCACAAAGUACCUGCAGGGCGGCCAGAAGCUGGAGCAGAUCGGGAGUAACCCCCUGCCGACGGACCAGGCGGCCGCGAAGAAGUUCAUGGAGCCACUGGUGGUGAGUCUGUUUCAGAGCCGCUCGGGGACGGAUGUGUCGAAGGAGUGGGAGGCGCUUGCGCUGAGUGCGGAGCUGAGGGCGAGGAUGCUGUUGUGUAUGAAUAAUUUGUUUUAUGUGGGGGAUUUGGAUACGAGGAACUCGGUCAAGUGCCAGUUUGCGGCGUAUCUGAUUCUUGCUAUUACGAUUAUCCUGUGCAGUGUCAUCGUCUUCAAGUUCCUGGCUGCGCUGCAGUUUGGCACGAAGAAUAUCCCGGAGAACUUGGACAAGUUCAUCAUUUGCCAGGUCCCGGCGUAUACGGAGGAUGAGGAGUCCCUGCGCCGUGCCAUCGACUCGGUAGCCCGCAUGAAGUAUGAUGACAAGAGGAAACUCCUCGUCAUCGUCUGCGACGGCAUGAUCAUCGGCCAAGGAAACGACAAGCCCACCCCCCGCAUUGUCCUCGACAUCCUCGGCGUCGACGAGACCGUCGACCCCGAACCCCUCUCCUUCGAGUCCCUCGGCGAAGGCGCCAAGCAGCACAACAUGGGAAAAUGCUACUCCGGCCUCUACGAAGUCCAAGGCCACAUCGUGCCCUUCCUCGUGCUCGUCAAGAUCGGCAAGCCCUCCGAGGUCUCCCGGCCCGGUAACAGAGGAAAGCGCGAUUCCCAGAUGCUGAUGAUGCGUUUCCUUAACCGCGUACACUAUAACGCUCCCAUGAACCCGCUCGAGCUGGAGAUGUACCACCAGAUCCGCAAUAUCAUCGGCGUCAACCCGACUUUCUACGAAUUCAUGCUCCAGAUCGAUGCUGAUACCGUCGUCGCCCCCGACUCGGGUAGCCGCAUGGUCUCCGCCUUCCUCGACGACACGCGCCUCAUCGGCGUCUGCGGCGAGACGGCCAUCGCGAACGCAAAGGCGACAUUCAUCACUAUGAUCCAGGUCUACGAGUACUACAUCUCCCACAACCUCUCCAAGGCCUUCGAGUCCCUCUUCGGCAGCGUCACAUGUCUCCCCGGCUGCUUCACCAUGUACCGCAUCCGCGCGGCCGACUCCGGGAAGCCGCUCUUCGUGUCCCGCGAGGUUAUUGAAGCAUACGCUAAUAUCCGCGUCGACACGCUGCACAUGAAGAACCUCCUCCAUCUGGGAGAAGACAGAUACCUAACCACCCUCCUGCUGAAAUACCACUCCAAGUACAAGACAAAAUACAUCUUCGACGCUCACGCCUGGACCGUCGCCCCGGACGACUGGAAGAUCUUCCUCUCCCAACGCCGUCGCUGGAUCAACUCCACCGUCCACAACCUCCUCGAACUCGCCCCGAUGAACGAACUCUGCGGUUUCUGCUGCUUCAGCAUGCGCUUCGUCGUGUUCAUCGACCUCCUCUCCACCGUCGUCCAACCCGUCACACUAGCCUACAUCGCCUACCUAAUCUACAUGGUCGUCUCCAACCCCGACGUCAUCCCCAUCACCGCCUUCAUCCUCCUCGGCGCCAUCUACGGCCUACAAGCCAUCAUCUUCAUCCUCCGCCGCAAAUGGGAGAUGAUCGGCUGGAUGAUCCUCUACAUUGCCGCCAUCCCCGUCUUCUCCUUCGCGCUCCCGCUUUACAGCUUCUGGCACAUGGACGAUUUCUCGUGGGGUAAUACCCGUGUUGUUACUGGGGAGAAGGGGAGGAAGGUGGUCAUUACUGAUGAGGGGGUUUUCGAUCCGAGUGCGAUUCCGAAGAAGAGGUGGGAGGAGUAUCAGGCGGAGUUGUGGGAUGCGCAGACCGUCCGAGAUGACCGCUCGGAGGUCUCGGGAUACAGUUACGCAACGAAGAGCUUCCACCCCUACGGUGCUCCCGCUUCGGAAUUCGGCGCCAUGCCACCCAGCCGUCCCAUGUCCGCCGCCGGCGGCGCCACCGCAGCCGGUCAAUUCGGGAGCGCUAACCCCUACCGCGCCAGUAUGGCCGGCAUGGGGGGAGAUGGGAGAAUGUCCACAUACGGAGGAGGUGGGGAGGUGGAGAUGGCUGACCUCGCGGGGCUGCCGAGCGAUGACGCGCUGUUGGCGGAGAUUAGGGAUGUGCUUGCUACGAGCGAUUUGAUGAGUGUUAGUAAGAAGAGUGUUAAGGCGGAGUUGGAGAGGAGGUUUGGGGUUGGGUUGGAGGCGAGGAGGGCGUAUAUUAAUAGUGCUACUGAGGCGCUGUUGUCGAGUCAGCUUUGAGAACCUCGCGCGCCGAUUCGGGUGUGAUAGAGAGGAGGAAGCGGAGGGACGCAUUCUAACGCGACGAAAACGGCUUUCUUCAACCCCCCUCUAACCUUAUUUUGUGGAAUAACUACGUACGCUAUUUCGUUGUAAUUUUUCCAGUUAUUUUUGCUCUAUUGCUUUUGUUUGUGUUUGGGGGGGGGUAAAGGGAAAUGGAUUUUGCGUGCAUUCUUUUUUUUGGAAAAGGGGAGGUGGGAGCUGGUGAUUUCUGUGCGGAUUUGAUUUGAUUUGAUUUUUUUAAUACUGUGGCGGAAGUGGACGAGGGGGAAGAGGGGAAAGGGAAAGGGGGGGGGGGUGUAUCUAUGUAUGUACAGUAUAAACUAUGAAG